GGGGCCCGGCGUCAAAGCUUGGGGCCGGCCCCCGGCUCCCGCGCUUCCUAUCUCUUCUGCAACCGUUUUUGUCGCUGCGAUCACCCAGCUCCUACAGGGCUCUGCUGAAGGGGCGGGUUGCCAGAGCAGCCCCUACUGCUGCAGGAAACCGCCGCCUUUUGCAGCUGAGAGGAGCCUCGGAUCCCAGACUUUAAACAGUGAAAAACCCCUCUGAACAAUGGGCUCUGGGGAAGUUGAGAACAAGUUGAUCCUGCCCCCUGGUCCAGCCAUUCACCGCAAGGUUGCCAACUACCACAGCAUCAGUAGUAGGAAGUCCUCUUGUUCCUGUGUGCCUUGUGAAGGGGCUACUAAUGCCAGCUUUGUGACUUGUCCCACAUGCCAGGGAACUGGGAAGAUCCCUCAAGAGCUAGAGAAGCAGCUGGUGUUCCUCAUUCCCUAUGGGGACCAGAGGCUGAAGCCCAGGCACACGAAGCUCUCCGUGUUCCUAGCAGUACUUAUCUGCCUGGUGACCACCUCCCUCCUCGGCUUUUUCCUGUUUCCUCGGUCCAUCACUGUGCACCCUGCAGGCGUCAACUCCUCCACAGUGGCCUUUGACGAGGCUAAUAUCUACCUCAAUGUAACGAGUAUCUUGAACAUCUCCAAUAACAACUACUACCCCAUCACCGUGACCAACCUGACCCUUGAGGCCCUGCACCUGUCCCACGUGGUGGGGCAGCUCUCCAAGAGCAGCCUCCUACACAUCAGCCCUUUGACCAGUGAACAGAUGCUUUAUGCAGUACCCAACACGAUCCAGGAUGAAAGCAUGUAUAAAAUCUGUAAGUCGCUGAAGAUCAAAGUCCACCAUGUGCUUUUACAAAUCCAGGGCACCCUGACCUACUCCUACCUGCACGAGUCAGAGCAGAAGACCUUCCAGAGUAGUGAAUAUUUGGACUGCAGGGAAAACAAGUCACUGCCCCACUCACUGGCUUCUCACCUUUGACCUGUCUGCUGUCCCCGCACACCAGGCACCUGCCAGCCUGGUCCAUGUCUCCCACGUUUUGUGACCAAGAAAGGAUUAUAGUGACUUUGCCAAAGGAAAAGACCUUCUUUAUCUCGCCCUCACCGCACUUCCUAAGCGCAGGAAGCUUGUUCUGUAGAAGCUCACUUCACACGCAUCCUCGCACCCACACACUCAACAUCCUCUGGUUCCCCAAAGGUCUGAUUCUUGUUGGAGCCUGCAUCCGGUCUCCCUCUGGGUCUGCCGUGAAGAAAGUCUGGCCUGUUAUUUACUGGGAGCUGCCUCGAGUCCCAGGUAGCACCUGGAACUUUCUCUGCUGAGCUCCUUGGUCACCCAGCUCUUCCAGGGCUCCCUUCCUCCUGCCUGAAUCUGGAGUCAAAAGCCUUACUUUUGACUUUUUUAAGAUUUAUUUUAUUUUUUUAUACAUACAAGAGCUGGGGUAUAGGCCAGAGGUGUGGGGCUGGGGGUGAGAAGAUUCACCAGAGACAGAGUAGGGAGCAGAACAGGCAGAUCUACUAAAAUACACUGCUGAAGGGAGCAACGGGCGAGACAGGAGAGGUCUGCUGUGCCAUGUGGGUCACCUCCCUGGGCAGGGAUUGAACUCAUGCCUCAGUGGCUGGUGAUAGCCUGAUAGUGCUAAGACUUAACCCCUUGCGCCACCACGGGCUUUUAAAACACGGCUCACUUUCCCAAUAAUGGGGACUAUGCUGGGCUGUCUUUAGGGACUCUUAGGGGUCCCAGAGAUGCUCUCCAGUUCCUCCCUGCUUAGUUGUAUGACCAAGUGAUGGUGAGUACCUGCUCCUCUCCUGGGAACUUGUCACCUGCCUGUCCCCAUCAGCAGGAUUGGCCAAGACAUUUGGGCUCUGCAUCCUUUCUUUCAAAAAAUUUUUUUUUCAAAUUUUUUUUUUUUUUAAAGAGGCAUGUAUUUUUAUUUAUUUAUUUGUUUGUUUGUACAUGCACUGGGUACAGUCAGAAGCGCGGGAGGGUGAGAGAAUUCACCAGAGCCAGAGCGGGGAACAGAACAGGCAGACUGACGAAGUACACUGCUGAGGGGAGCAGCGGGCGGCA